UCUCCGUGUCUCCGGGAGAAAAGAUGAGGCUGUUGGUGAAGCAGCGAGUCCACGCGGCCGUUGAAGAGUCUUCUGGGCUGUUGGACACAUUGACAGCAGCGUAUGAGGACACCGUGUCUCCGCUCAGAGAACACGAGCGACACGCAUCAGAUGUCCAGCGGCUGUUGGUGGUUAAAGAAGAGGUUCUUUCUGAGCAGCAGGUCUGGAGCUCCAGUCUGGACCAGGUGCAUCCAGAGCCCACGCUAGUUAAAGAGGAACGGGAGGACCAGGAGAACCCUGAGCCCCCCCACAUUAAAGUGGAACAGGAGGACCAGGAGAACCCAGAGCCCCCCCACAUUAAAGAGGAACAGGAGGAACUCUGGACCAGUCAGGAGGGAGAGCAGCUUCAAGGGCUGGAGGAGGCUGGUCUCAACUUCUCAUUCACUCCUGUGAAGAGUGAAGCUGAAGAGGAAGCCCAGUCCUCUCCGCUUCAUCAAAGACAAACUGAACCGAUGGAAAUUGAAGCUGAUGGAGAUGAUUGUGGAGGACCAGAACCAGCCAGAAAUGCAGAUCCAGAUAGACCUCCAGAUCCUGAUGAAAAGACUGGAGACUCUUCAGAACCAGAUACUGAUGAGGACUCUUCUGAACCAGAUACUGAUGACUCUGUUGAUUGGAAGAAGACCAGAGAACCUCAAUCAGGUUUAAACUCUCUGAAUAAUGAUGACGUUUCUGUCAGUGAUUCAAAAUGUAGUUCUCGUGAGAAACCAUUAAGCUGCUCUAAAUGUGGGAAAAUAUUUCACCUCAAAGGAGAUUUUAAGAAACACAUGUUCACUCACACAGAAGAGAAACCUUUCAGCUGCUCAGUCUGUAAAAGAUCUUUUACAGGGAGCAGUAAUUUAAAGAGUCACAUGUUAACUCACACAGGAGAGAAACCUUUCAGCUGCUCAGUCUGUAAAACAUCUUUUACACAGAGAGGAAGUUUAAAGAGACACAUGUUAACUCACACAGGAGAGAAACCUUUCAGCUGCUCACUCUGUAAAACAUGUUUUGCACACAGUGGAACUUUAAAGAGUCACAUGUUAACUCACACAGGAGAGAAACCUUUCAGCUGCUCAGUCUGUCAAAGAUCUUUUACAGAGAGAGGAACUUUGAGGAGUCACAUGUUCACUCACACAGGAGAGAAACCGUUCAGCUGCUCAGUCUGUCAAACAUCUUUUACACGGAGGAGAACUUUGAGGAGUCACAUGUUCACUCACACAGGAGAGAAACCGUUCAGCUGCUCAGUCUGUAAAACAUCUUUUACAGAGAGGAACUUUGAAGAGUCACAUGAUGACUCACACAGGAGAGAAACCGUUCAGCUGCUCAGUCUGUAAAACAUCUUUUACAGAGAGGAACUUUGAAGAGUCACAUGUUAACUCACACAAGAGAUAACUCAUUUUAGUUUUUCUGGUUUUG